UGUCAGUCCUGGGGGAGGGCACUGUGUCAGGUCUGAUGCUCUGCUAAGGACUGGUGGGAUCCCGGUCAUUGUCUGUACGAGGAGUCCGCUGUGUUGACAGUUCCUCUCCCUCGACACGCCCAUUCCCGCCCUCUGUCAGUUUGACUGCAAAAGCGGACGGAGUGGAAGACACCCCCCCACUCACUGCAAGGACGGGACCCGGAUAACCUCUGCAGACAUCAGUGCAGGUGACUAUGGUGAGUCUGUGGCAGGCAGGGGGCACCCUGCUGGAGGAGGCCGUGGGAGACAGUUUGGCUUCGAAGGUGCUACUUCCCUGCGCCUUCCUCCUCCUCCUGGCCUAUCUGUCCAAGUUGGCCUUCAAGCACCUCAACACGGUGGAAGCUGAUAAUUUGAAAUAUCCGCCAUACAUCUCAUCUUCGAUUCCCUUCCUGGGACAUGCCAUCUCUUUUGGGAAGAGCCCGAUUGAAUUUCUAGAAAAAGCUUAUGAGCAGUAUGGGCCCGUCUUCAGUUUCACAAUGGUGGGAAAAACCUUCACCUACCUAGUGGGCAGUGAUGCCGCUGCACUGCUCUUUAACAGCAGGAACGAAGACUUGAACGCUGAGGAUGUGUAUUCCCGUCUGACCACCCCCGUGUUCGGCAAAGGAGUCGCUUAUGAUGUCCCAAACCCGAUAUUUUUGGAACAGAAGAAAAUGUUUAAAACCGGUCUAAACAUUGCUCAUUUCAAAACGCACGCGAGAAUGAUUGAAGAGGAGACUAUUGAAUACUUCAAGCGUUGGGGAGAUAGCGGUGUCAAAGACCUGUUUGAUGCCCUGUCAGAGCUGAUCAUCCUGACCGCCAGCCGGUGUCUGCAUGGAAAAGAGAUUCGCAACUUGUUAGAUGAGCGGGUGGCCCAGCUGUACGCCGAUUUGGAUGGAGGCUUCACACCUGCUGCCUGGCUCCUCCCAGGCUGGCUGCCACUGCCCAGCUUCAGACGCCGAGACCGAGCACACCUUGAGAUCAAGCAAAUCUUCUACCAGGUGAUCCAGAAACGCCGCCAGUCUGAAGAAAGGGAGGAUGACAUGCUGCAGACAUUAAUAGAUGCAACUUACAAGGAUGGCACUUCGCUGACGGAUGAUGAGAUUGCCGGAAUGCUCAUUGGUCUCUUACUGGCGGGACAGCACACGUCUUCCACCACCAGCGCCUGGAUGGGCUUCUUCCUCGCCAAAAACAAGUCUAUCCAGGAACAGUGCUUCGCAGAGCAGAAGGCCGUGUUUGGAGAGAACCUCCCACCGGUGAAAUACGAGCAGCUUAAAGAUUUGCAGGUCCUGGACCGCUGCAUCAAAGAAACCCUGAGAUUGAGACCUCCUAUAAUGACUAUGAUGAGAAUGGCCAAGACACCACAGAGUGUGGCUGGGUAUGACAUCCCACCAGGACACCAGGUCUGCGUAUCCCCCACUGUAAACCAUCGCCUGAAGGACACCUGGGAGAAGAACACAGAAUUCAACCCCGACCGAUACCUUCAUGAGAAUCCUGCUGCCGGAGAGAAGUUUGCAUAUGUUCCUUUUGGAGCAGGUCGUCAUCGGUGUAUUGGGGAGAAUUUCGCUUACGUCCAGAUUAAAACGAUUUGGUCUACAAUGCUCCGGCUGUAUGAAUAUGAACUGGUGGAUGGCUAUUUCCCUACAAUCAACUACACAACAAUGAUCCAUACACCCAACAACCCCAUCAUCAGAUACAAGAGGAGGAAACUGUGAAAACACGGAUCUAUUCUGCAAGCGGGGAUAUUGUACAUUACAAUGUGGGAUUCAUUUGUUCUUGUACAUGCUAUGUAUUUUAUAAAAUGAAUGUGAAAUAUUAAUGUAUAAAAUUGGUUCCAGAUUUGUAUGUUUAGAAAUGCUGUAAAUAAGUUGCAUUAAAUAAUGUUUAAUUAC